AUGUCUGGUGGUGUCGGCCCAUCCGCCAUGCCGAGUACAUCCGCUUCCUUUGCUCAGACUAUCAACAAUACGGUCUCCGCGACUUCCGGCAACUCGAUCAUCCCCUCCUCGCCGCUCGAACUUCUUACUUUACCCAUUCGCGCCUUCCAGCGUGCCGAGACCUUCGCUUUUAGUACGGUCCCUCGACACGUGGCAAGGCUCGCUGGAAUCGAAGACGUCACUGUGAAUUUAUGGAGUGGUCCUGCAUCGACCGCAAGCGACACAGGGAUGGCAGGCGAGGCAGCGGCUGCAACGGCUAACAUGGCUCGCGAGGCAGUCGGAUACGGCGAUAGCUGGUAUGCGACUGAGUUCCUGCAGACCAUGAGGAAGGUCGGAGGAUUCUUCGGCUAUUUGACCAGCGUUUGGGCGUUCGCGUGCCUGGUCGAGGCUCUUAUCCUUAACCGCAUCACCAUUUAUGCAUCCACCCGGAGACAUCUGAGAUUAGGAUGGGAAAGACGGCUUGCUCUACGCAUCAUUCCGAUCCUUCUUUUUGUCUCGCAGAUACUUUCCCUUCUGCGUGGCAUCCGGUGUCAGACGUCUCCCGAAUACUCUUCCAUGCGAUACGGAAAGCCAGGGAAAUCAUUGAUCUUCGACUAUGCGAGUGGCGGAGGUGCUCUCCACUCGAUCGCGUCUACGCUGUUACCAUGGGAAAGCGAUGAACGGGCUUGCAGCGCCGUUAGUAUGGGACGUGAUGCUACCAAUACUGACAUCCCAUUCGGCUCUUUUUCUCUCCUAUGGCCUGUCUUCCUGCUUCUUUGUCUGAGCCAUUUUGUCGAAACUCUUUCGUGCGCACUUCAGGGUCGGCCUGUGAUGACUGAGACUGGCAUGUCCAUCUUCGAGCACUCUCUGGCUUUUGCCGAGGCCGAGUCCAUGAUUGGUAAAUCGAUAGGACUUGGGCUUUUUGGUCUCCCUAAACAAAGCCCUCUCAACGAAAGUGGCUCGAGUGAUAGCGCAUCGCCACUCCAACUUCUCACGAGAGCUCAAGUCCUCGAUAGAAUGAACGCCACUCCAGAACUCCUGCUCAUCGUCUUGAUUUCAUGCUUAAACAGCCUAUCUUCACACGUCCUCGACGUCUUUGGGAAACAGAGUCGAUACCGUCUCUUUAACACCGCUUUUUGGGGCUUCUGCUUUAUGGCAGCCAUGUCGUGGGGGAUGGAAAGUGGACCUCCAGUCAGCCUCGAAACUGGAGUGCUCCGAUUUCCAACAGUCUGCAUCGUCGGCUUUGUCCCUCAUCUUCUGGUCCUUUUCGGCAUUGCGACAUGUUUUGCUAUCUAUGGAAUUGCUUUGCUCAUUACUGCAUUUUCUUUGCCCUUUGAGGAAGGCCAGCCGGCUUCUCUUCGGGAACGAUUUGCGUUGGCUCACGAGAAUAUGCAAGGCUCCAACCAGAUCCGUAACAUCCACAUCAACCGACACGAAGAUUUUUACACCACCUUACUCCGGGUUGGGUAUGUUGCACUGACCGCUGCAAGUGAAGCUGUCUUCUUGAAUGAGGGCAAGGCCGUCGUUGCAAGGCAAAUGACUUGGCUCGAAAAGGAUCGGCUUGCUGAGAUUGAAGCUUCUCGCCGGAGAAAUUCGUCUCAUGGGAAUUGGCCGAAUUACGUUGAAGGGAGUCCUUUGGAGGCUGUGGGCUUCGCUAGCUUUGAGUUGCCGGAUCAGCCUUCGGCCUGGGAAAGUGGAUAUAACCGCGAGAAGAAAUUGGAAAAACCGAAGAAUGGAUCCCGGCAGAUGCGACCUCAAGCCGAACUCGGAGGUGUUGGUGCUGUGCGGGCAUCCGUGCGUUUAUGGCAUGGUAUAUCCUUCCUUCGUUCGAUCUUCUGGCUCAUUGUCCGAUGGAUUUCAUAUGGCUUUAAUCGAGCCCUUGACCGCUUGGGAAUCGGCUAUCGGCCUAUGUGGCUUAAACGCCAGGCUGGGAAGAAGAAGAAGAAGACCAAAGCUAUGGGCGGGAGAGGAUCUCCAGGAUCUCUAGACUUUUGGAUUCUGACUGACGAAGGCGAGCUUGAACUACCCGAUAACCACGACUUCGACGUUGAGCUAGAAAUGCGGAAACGAGAACGCUCCAGUCAAUUGAACCAAGAGGAACCAGACGAGCGGCGUCUGGAUGAGAAACUUUAUGCGUGGUGGAGGGCGGGAGGCUCUUGGGGCGAUCAGGACCAUACGCCUGAUUUUGACCCUUCCGGAGAGGAUGAUGACACGACGAGUGUGAUCUCAAUGUCCACCAAUGCCUCGGAACCCGAAUGGGAGGACUAUGCUUCGGAUGGUCAGAGCACCCCUCAACAGGAUGCUCUCAUGGAUUUGAAUGCUUUCGCCCGUUUACUCGAUCCUCGCGAUCGCGAAACCCGAGAAGAGGCGCGGAUUCUUGCGGCACAUCUUAGUACAGGCCAAGGAUCUGGUCGAAUCAUGACUCGCAGCCAGUACCAGCAGCAAGUAGAACGGGAAAGAUCCCGAGUGCUACUAUCAUCCCGGUUACACCACAACGCAACAAAUUCCCACUCUGAGCAUCGGAAACCAUCUGCCGAGGAAGAGGCCGAGAUGCUAGAGAGGCUAAUUCUUUCCCGCCGCGCAGAAUUAGAGAAGGCUUCCAACACAGACCCCAGCACCUGGGAGUCCGGCGCCAUGGGUCUAGGAGAGAAUGGCCCACCCUGUGUUGUUUGCCAGACAAGUCCACGGUCUAUUAUCACCUGGCCCUGUCGCUGUCUCUGCAUCUGCGAAGACUGUCGUGUCAGCUUAGCCAUGAACAACUUUGGCAGUUGUGUGACUUGUCGACAAGAGGUCGGCGGGUUCAUGAGGCUUUGGGUACCUUGA